CUUGGCUUGGCUUGGACAAACUCCUUACUUCUCCCUGGGUUUGGCUUGCACUUUCUUCUCAGGUCUUGUUCCUCUGAGGCAGAAAAAAGCCUAUCAGUUUCCAACCUCAGAGGAGUCUGCGAUUCAACAAAUGUGAAGAACCACUGUUGUGUCUUUGUUGAUUGUUAUGUGGCUGGGGAUGAUUCCCCAGAGAAAGAAACUUGAGACAAGAAUCCUUAGUGCCAACUACAGGAGCCUCCAGGACAAUUGAAGGAGCUGAAGAAGAAAGAGGAAUUGGAAAAAGAGAAAUGGAUUCAGAGGGAACUGGCAUUAUGGAGGGAGAACACAUACCAGAAGAAAUAUGAAGCAGUAGCUUUGAAGCCUGAGCAACCGAUCAAGGCAUCCUCGACCCAACCCAACUCAACUUAACUCAGCUCCCUGGACCUGAUCUGAGACUUACAGCUCCCUGGACUUGCUACAGCUCUUUGAUUCCAGAAUUUUCUUCAAUUCUAGCUAGAAUGCUGCAUCAAGCACUUCACAGAUUUGGUAAAAACCUGAGACAUAGACAUCCGCUGGAGCAACCUGUGGCUGAACCUGCCCCUGCCAGGAGCCUGAGCACUCUGGAUUUAGUAGGCCUGGGUGUGGGCCGCACAGUGGGUGUAGGUGUGUAUAUCUUGGCUGGUGAGGUGGCUAGAGAUAAAGCAGGACCAUCCAUUGUGAUCUGCUUGCUGGUGGCCAGCCUAUCUUCUAUGUUGGCUAUGCUGUACUUUGCAGAGUUUAGUCCCCAGAUUAUCCACUCUGGCUCCAAACAUCCCCACAGCUUUGUCAUCAUAGAUAAACUUGGGGCUUUCAUCACUGCCUGGAUUCUCAUCCUCAACAAUGUUACUGCUAUAGCCAUUAGGAUCUGGGCUUGGACCUUAGCUCUUGACAACCUUUUUGGAAACAAGAUAUCUCAGACCUUGCAGGAGACAAUUUCACGACAUGUUCCCAGGGUCUUUGCAGAAGUUCUAGGCUUCUUUUUUAUGUUCCUUGUGUUGUUGCUCAUGGGAUUGCUGACUCGGAACAUUAGGCAGCUUUCCCUGGUUACCAAAGUGGUCACAUUGGUGAACCUCUUGGUUCUUGGUUUUGUCAUCAUCUAUGGCUUCCUGAAAGGGGACCUGCACAACUGGAAGCUCACAGAAGAAGACUACAUAAAGGCUGGACUCAAUGACACUUCUAGCUUGGGACCUCUGGGCUCUGGAGGAUUUAUGCCUUUUGGCUUCCAGGGGAUACUCCAUGGAUCAGCUACCUGUAUCUAUUCUUUUACAGGCUUGAGCAUUAUUGUUACCAGAUUUGAAGUAGCCCAGAAUUUCCAGCAUUCCUUUCCUAUGUUCAUUGUGAUUUCACUACUCAUCUGCAUUUUGGUGUACUGUGGUGUCUUUUCAGCACUUAUGCUUAUGGUGCCUUAUUACCAGCUCCAACCUGGGAGCACCUUGCCUGAGGCAUUUCUCCAUACUGGCUGGGCCCCUGCCUACUAUGUUGUAACUUUUGCAUUCUUCUGUAGUAUUUCUGUCAGCCUCUUGGAUUAUAUGUUUCCCAUACGUCAGCUAAUCUCCAUGAUGGCACAUUAUGGCCUCUUUUUUCCUGUCCUUGCAAGGAUGCAAACCAGCACAUACACACCCAUUGUGGCCACUGUGAUCUUUGGGAUUAUUGCAGGAAUCAUGGUAUUAUUCUUUGGAUUUGCCAAUCUCUUGGACCUCAUGUCAGUUGGGGCCCUGCUAGUUUACUCCCUGCUGGCUUUUAGUGUUCUCAUCCUCAGGUAUGAGCCUCAGAGGAGGAAUGGGGGAAAUGAAGCACAGGUGCAGGAGGAAAAUGAAGCAGAGAUGCAGGAGGAGAAUGAGGAAAAUGAGGCAGAGGUGCAGGAGGAGAACAGACCUGCAGCAGAGAAGCUGACUCUACAGGGACUAUUUUUUCCAGGCAGCCCCACCCCCACUCCACUCUCUGGUCGGGUUGUCUAUGUUUGCUCCUCACUGCUUGCUCUGCUGCUGACUCUUCUCUGCCUGGUGCUGGCCCGGUGGCCAGAUCUGCUUUCUGGAGACCCAGUGUGGAUCACAGUGGUUGUGCUGCUCCUGGUGCUCAUCACUGGAGUCACUGGAGUCAUCUGGAGACAGCCACAGAACUCCACUCCCCUUCACUUCAAGGUACCUGGUCUGCCUCUCCUCCCACUCCUGAGCAUCUUUCUCAAUGUUUAUCUUAUGGUACAGAUGACAGCUGGCACCUGGGCCCUAUUUGGUGUCUGGAUGCUGAUUGGGUUUGCUAUCUACCUUGCUUAUGUGAUCCAGCAGCACCUGGUUCCUUAGCCCCACUUCACUUAUGGCCAGAACUGUAGACCUUGAAUUCAGUGGCGCCAGUACAUAUUUGGUUUGACAUCAUCACACCUGAAUGCAGUGAGGGCCCCUGCACAAUAAUAGGGAGUACUUCUGAGGACAUGGAAAGCUAUGCCUCCCAUGAGUUAUUUGUAAGGGAACAUUAAUAGCACUUUGUAUUUAUUGUGAAGUGAAGAAUGUGUCAUUGCUCGCUCUCUUUUAAAGUUGUCUAAUUUUCAAUUGUGUCUUUACGGCACACUAGCUUUAAGAAAGUUUUUAAGUUCUUAUUAAAAGAGCUAGAUGGGGGUACCUGAGUGGAUCAGCUGGUUAAAUGUCUGACUUCAGCUCAGGUCAUGAUCUCAGGGUCCUGGGAUCAAGCCCCAUAUCAAGCACCACACUCAUGAGUAUGGAGUCUGAUUGUCCUUCUGCUCUUUCCCCUACUUGUGCUUACUCUCUAUCUCCUGUCUCUAAUAAAUAACUAAAGUCUUUUUUAAAAAGAGCUAUAGGGGUACCUGUGUAGCUCUGUCAAUUAAACUUGAGUCAUGAUCUCAGGUUCCUUAAGGUUCUUCCUCCCUCUCCCUCUGUACCUCAUCCCACUCAUGCACUCUCUCAAAUACACAGAUAAAUAUAUUUUUUAAGAGCUACAAAAAUGUUGUUUUCUUUAGGUUAAUAUCCAGUGUGGAAAUAUUGGUAUAUCUAUAUUUAAUUUUUUGAGGAACAUCUAUACUGAUUUCCAUAGUGACAGCACCUAUUUAUAUUCCCACCCACAGUGCAUGAGGGCUCCCUUUUCUCCACAUCCUCAUCAACACUUUAUUUCUUGUCUCUUUGAUUUUAGCUAUUGUGACAGGUGUAAAGUGAUAUCUUAUUUAAUUUUAACUUACAUUUCCAUGAUAAUUAGUGAUGAUGAGCAUAUUUCUUUGUGUCUGUUGUCCAUCUUGUACGUUUUCUUGGGAGUAAUGUUUAUUCAGGUCUUCUACCCAUUUUUAAUGGAUUAUUUGUGUUUCUUUAAUGAUGAGUUGUGCAAGGUCUUUAUGUAUUUUGGAUAUUAACCCCUUAUUGGAUAUAUUAUUUGCAAUAUCAUCACUCAUUUUAUAUUUCACCUUUUUGUUUUGUUGAUGGUUUCCUUUUCUGUGCAAAAGUUUUUAUUUACAUGAACUCAAAAAGAUAUAUGCACUCUUAUCUUUAUCUACAAUAGGCAGGAUAUGAAAGAAACCCAAGAGUCCACGUAAAGCUUAAUUGAUAAAGAAGAUGCAAUAUAUAUACAUAUAUAUAUGCAAUAUAUAUAUAUAUAUAAAAUGGA